GUUGAUAAUAUAAAUUUCAGUCUUAAAUAGACAAACGAACUUGUCUCACUUAUUUUUGUCUGUUUAUAUUUUAGAAUUAGAAAAAUUUAAGUAAAACAUUAUACAAUCACAAUGAAAAUUUUUGCUUUAAUCUUGGGUAUUUUUCUUACCCUUUCUGCCUUUGUGAGCAUCAAUGAAGCAGCAUUUUGCCCCUGCGAUUUGUCGAACAAGGAAAUGAUUUGUGGUUCGAAUGGUGUCACCUACAAAAAUCGAUGUGAAUUUGAAUGCACUCAAAGGGAAUACAAAAAAUUGGGACGCACUUUGAAUAUACGAAAUGUGGGAUCUUGUUAAAGGUCGGAGUCGGACCAUAAUGGAUGGCUUUAUUAAUGAAAAAAAAAUAAAAGCUAAUUAUAAUAAUUAUCAUAAUAAUGAAGAAAAUAUUCAUUGUGUUUAAGUAUCAAUUUAUUUUUAAUCGCAGAUAUUUUUAAAAUGAGUUAGAAGACAGCUUUAAUUUAAAGCAUAUUUAAAUAUUAUUUUCAAUAAUCGUUCGUUAAUCGAAAAAAUUGUGUGAUUUGUGCUACUAAUAAAAUCAAAUUAAUUAUUCAA